AUGGCGCCCGCACCGCCGAUGGCGAGAGUGCUGCGCGGACCCCGCGAGCCUGUGUGGGGCUGCCAGUGUGGGAAGAACAACAACUGGGCGUGCCGCAUCGUGUGCUCCUGCGGGCGGCAGGCGUCUCAGAAGGUCGUCAACGCCGCCAAGAAAGCGGACCAGGAGGCACGGGACAAGAAGCCUUCACAGAGGGCAGGCGGCACAGGGCUCGUGCGGAAGCCUGCCCCAUGGUCCAAGGAGUACGGCGUCACGGAGAAGCAGAUCCGCGAGCUGGUGCUGCAGUGCAUCUCCCAGCAGGCUGGCAGCCCCAAGUGGACCCCUGCGUCUACGGCACCAGCGUCUUCAGGAGUGGGAGCUGGCAGCAAGGAGCAGACGCAGCAGGGGCAGGGCAAUAUCCAGCAGCGCACGGAGCUCCAGGCGAAGAUCAAUUUCCACGAGAAGGUCAUCAAGGAGUGCAAGAUCGUGGAGGCAGAGGGCGGCCCAAUUCACCUCCUGCACCAGCGGGCUCUCGACGUCCUUCGGCAGCAGGCGCGUGAAUUGCGCCCCCCAGGCGCUGCAUACAAGGCCUCGUCCCAGAAGCUCGCGAGGUGCAUGCAGCAGCUGGACCGCUUCACCAGCGACCUGCAGGGCCUCGAGGCGCAGCUGGCGGCUACCCAGCGCAAGAUCCAGGACAAGCAGGGGGCCAUCGCUGCAAAGCAUGCUGAAGUGGAGGUCCUGCGCAAAGAGAAUGCAAAGCACGAGCAGACCAUGCAGGCCGCACGGGGUGAGAAGCCCAACCCAGUCAUCAAGGAGGAGGACUUGGUGGGUUUCGACCUCGCCGAGCAGCUCGACGACGGCGCAAAGGAGGCCCUCGAGCAAUUCAAGGCGAGCCCCCAUUUCGACAAGAUCCAGGCGGCCCUCCGCAAGCAGGCGGCAGAGAAGCUGGCUACAGCCAUGGCUGAGGAACCUGGUGCUCAUGCUCCUCAUGCUGAGGGCGGUGGCGCAGGAGCACUGGUCAAGGAUGACGUCGGCGCCCUCUGGCAGCAGCUCCUCAGCAGCGGGCAGCAGCCGCCUUCGGACUGGACCAAGGAGAAGCUGGACGACGCGUUCACGCAGGCACGCUGCCUGGGUAACCCGCCCUUGGUCAGCGGGCUACUGGCCGCCAGCGCGGGCGCCAAGCAGCUACAUGUGCCGGCAGCGGUCACUGUCGCGCACACCUUCGAGACCUUCAACGCCAACCAGGGAAAGCUAACCCUCCAGAAGCGGCUGCGAAAGUCAACAGCUAUGGUCAUCAUGGCCCAGGAAAUCGGCUACGGCAUCGAUGAUUGCGAGGGCCUCUCUUCAUGGGCAACGGCACGUGGCUGGCAAAGCCUCAUCGUGCCAGGGCUGCCCUCACGAGGGCAUCUCCCCUCUGCAGGCCUGGCAGUGUUUGCCAGGAAGGGGAUCGGGCUGCGCGGGCCCACGUGCCCCGGCGACGCCCCGCCCAGACGCGCAGGCAGCGUCAACGAGACCAUCUCGCACGGCACCGAGCUAGUCCGCGGCAGGGCUCAACACGUCGUCGUGGAGCUGCCGAACUGGCCGCCGCUCAACGUCGUCAACGUCUACCUCCACACAGGGGAGGGCAUGAGCAGCCGCAACGCCAGCAUCCUCAUGACGGUGGGGAUCGCGCUCGCGGGCCAGAGGCACCCUGGCAUCAUCGGCGGCGACUGGAACAUGGACGUACAGGUUGUCAAGGACUCUGGCUUCCCCGUGCACGCGCAGCUGGAGAUGGUCACCCCGAGGCACGCGACUUUCAGAACAGCGGCAUCGGUCUCCACCAUCGAUUACUUCGGGCUAACCACGGGCUCCAUGCGCAUGCUAGCAGCUUGCAAGGCCGACUUGACCUGGGCAGUAAAGCCGCAUCGACCAGUUCAGCUACAACUGACAGCGGAGGGCACCAAGCUCAGGUACCUCACCUACGUCGGAGGCGCGAAGAUACCAGCGCAGACUGUGCACGGCCCAUUCCUCGAGGAGAGCAGCUGGUCCCUGGAGCGCAGCUUUGCUGAGCAGGCGCUGAUUUUGGCCAAGGAGGCGCCCGCUGCUGUCGCCUGGCGCUUUCUCUCGAAGGCUUGGGGCCGAUGGGCGACCAGAGCGGCCUCGAGGCUCGGACAUCUCACAGCUGCGGAGAUGCGGGCCAGCGCCUACGCUCGCCCGCUUCAGGCCAAGUGGGUCGAGCGUGAGCAACAGGUCCUCACGGAGGAGGAAGUGCAGGCAAUCGCGGAUGGAUGGAAGUGGCUGCAGGAUUGCCUGGCGGGCCUCUCCACUGCGAAGGCGAAAGCCAGGACACCUGAAGGCCGACAGGUUCUCGACAACGAGGUGCAAGGCUUCCUCACUGGUGACUACUGUGGCCAGAACCUCAGCGCGCGGCUUGACGCAUCUGUGCGGCAAGCUCGGCAGCUAGCGCAGAGGAAUUUCAGCAGUGAGGACAUCAUGACUUUCUCGGAAGACAUUGAAGAGGAUGUCAAAUUCGCCAUGCAGCAAGCGAACAAGGAAUCUUCGAAGCGCUGGAAAGGGUGGUGUGACGGGGCCUGCGCUGGCGGAGCGAGGAAGCUUCGCAAGGUCACGCGAGUGCGAGAGGUUCAGGCCCCCACUACGGUCAAUGACUCGGAGAACGGCAUCACAGGGCACCCGCACUUCGUAGUCGAGGAUAUGGAGGAUACGCACGCAGCGCUGUGGAAGGCGGUGAAGGAGGCUCCCGAG